CCCCGGAGCGGGAAAAUCUACUCUUGCAAAUAUGUUGAUUCAAGAGGAUCUUUGUUCGAAAAAUUUAUUCCCAAUGAGUGAUAGUGCAGCAGGUGGAAAUUCCGAAAUAGUGUUCAGUAACACCGACGUUUUUGCAAUAUACGAUACGAUCGGACUGAAAUAUUUUGGAAAUCAUGAAAUCAUUGCAGUUGAUUUUCCAUUUAACAAUGAUUAUGACGCUGAUAUUCAGCAAAAAAAGAGGAAAAAGAAUGCAGCUCUUCUAACACAUAAAUUAUUGUCCCUAAGAUACGAAUGCGUCCAAUUAGAUAUUCAUGGUUCGAAAGACUUCGAGUCAAAAGUGAAGGAUGUCGUUGAGUUUGUGCCUGUUAUUGGUACGGCAUAUAAACUUAUCUCUGCUGGUACAUAUUAUACCCUAAAUAAGCCACAAUUGGCAAAGCAACGAUUUAAGGAAGCGCUUGAAGACUUACCUAAAAUUUUCUCUAAAAUUGCCAUCAGCUAUUAA